AUGAACUCAUCGGAUCCGAGGCACUUCUUUGAAUCAGAUGCCCAACGGAGCAAGAGAGAGCGGCGGGAGGCCAAGUCGAGCAACAAGUUCGGCAGACCUGUUGUUCUCAAAUCGAAGAUCGCGGCAGCCUGUGUGAACCCGCGCUCCUCCUCGAACAGCGUCUUCGUUGCUGAAUCGGCAGGCUCUGUGAGAAGGGUCGACGUCGAUGAUCAAGACUCCAAGCCUGUACUCUACCGCGGCCCAGCCGCACCAAUCACCUGCUUGACGGUGGGCGGCGCUCAGGACGGAACCUUGCUUGCCGGAUCCUGGGACAGGAAUGUGUGGUCGUGGGACGUCGAGACCCGUCAGCAUGAUCACAAGUACGUCGGCCAUUCCGACUUCGUCAAGGCCGUCGCCUGCACCAAGGUUGGCGGCAAGGAUGUGCUCAUCAGCGGUGGUGCCGACAAGAAGAUUAUGGUGUGGGACAUGGCCACGGGAAGCCGCCUGCACAUCCUGCAAGACUCGGUGACGGCCAUGCUCGCCGUGCAGUCGCUCGCCGUGGACCCUACACUGAGCUCCGGGGACGAGGCUGUGAUUGUCAGCGCGGGCAGCGACCCCUUUGUACGGAGGUGGAAGGUCCAGUUGGACGGGUGGGAGCAGCUUGUGGAUGCCGAACCGGGGGCUCAAAAUGUCGAGCGGAGGUCGAUCAAGGUGCACGAGACUGGUGUUUACAAGGUGCUCUUCGACACUUCAGGCGACGAGGCAGAUCUAUGGACGGCAAGUGCAGAUGGCUCCUCGAAAUGCUUGUCGCGUGGCAAGGGCUUCAGUACGGAAGACAGCUUCGAGCAUGGCGACCACGUCCGCGCUGUGGUUGUCACAGACCAUUGGGUGGUCACGGCGGGCAGGGAUGAAGACAUCAAGGUCUGGGAUAGGGCAUCUGGGAAGCUCUAUUGCUCUCUGGAGGGCCACUACGAUGAGGUGACGGAUCUUGUGCUUCUUGAUGGCGGUCAUGGACAAGAGAAGAGACUGGCUAGUGUCAGCAUCGAUGGUACCGUCCGCACUUGGCCGCUUGACAAGGCUGGCAUCGAUACUGCAGUGAAGGAACAGCGAAAGGCUGUCACCAACGGGGCUGGAGGCGACCAGUCAAAGGAAGAGCCGGAGAAACUGCUCACCGCAGAAGAAGAAGCGGAGCUGGCGGAGCUCUUGGACGAUGAUUAG